AUGUCAAAUCCACUAUCCCCCCUCUCCCCCUCCUACCAGAACGCGCGAGCCCGCUCACCAAUGGCCGGCUCCUCGCCCUUCCUCACAAAAACCCUCGACGCCCCAUCCGCCACAGACUCUGCUAUGCCCUCGAGUCCAUUGAAGCAAGCAUGGACAGAUCGGGAGGCAGACGCGCGGAGUCCCAGUCCCUACGAGACCAAUCUGACUGAAAACGAAUCCGAUUUCCCCCACAAUCACGAUAAUGACGAAUACGACGACCAAGAUCAAGAUCAAGAACCUGCGAGUUCGCCUUUCCGCUAUGAAGCCCGCGAUGAUACCGUUGAUUUCCAGAAGAUGCGCGAGUACACGGGACAACAACGACAGUCAGCAGGCGUGAGUGCGAGUGCGCGCCAUCACUUCGCAAUCCAAGAGGAAGAUGAGCCGCCGAGUUCGCCCUUCCGCGCUGAUGUCCGUGACGAGAAUGAGGAGGAACACAUUGACUCGUAUCACUUGCGUGAUGUACAACCCAUGUCGCCGGGCUUGGAUAAACGGCUUGCAUAUGAAGAUCCGGCGAGCUCCCCAUUCCGCGCGGACGUUCGAGAUGAAACUGUGGAUUUUGACCGGAUGCGCGAGUUGCAGGAGCCUGCUUCGCCUGGGAUUGAUGAGCAGGAUGAGCAGGGUGUGAGCUCGCCGUUCAGACCAGAGGUCCAGGAGGAGACUGUUGAUUUUGAGAAUGCGCGCGAGGCGCAACGCGAGUCGUUUGGCAAGAGACAGUCCGUUAGCAGGAUUGCGCAGGCUACCCCUGUUGAGACGGGUAGCUCGCCGUUCCGCCAGGAUGCAAAGGAUGAUACGGUUAGCUCGAAUGUGUCCCGGGGAUUGCAGCGGGAGUCGUUUGGAGGACGCCCUACUCAGUCUCCUGGUGGACCGCGUGAUUCGCCGUUCCGUCAAAAUAGAGAAGAUACUGUCAGCUCGCGACACUCUCACGGUAUGCAUCGUGAAUCGCUUGGAAAGAGGAUCUCGAUGGGGCGGACCAUGCAAAGUGCGCCUGAUGAAGCGAAUGGCUCACCUUUCCGUCGGCCUUCGGACGCGAAAGAUGAUACAGUCAGCUCUCAUGUAUCUCGCACAUUGCAGCGGGAGUCAUUUGGAAAGACUUCCCAGUCUCCUAUGAGCUCACGUAACUCUUCGUUCCGACAUGAUGAGAGAGACGACACGAUCAGUUCUCAGAAGAUUCGCUCCCCACCUCGAGCCUCUCUCAGCGCAGAUGAUCACCGUCCCGCUGCUACCCCUAGGAAGCGCUCGUUUGACCAGACGCCGCAGGAUCACGAGGUGGAUUCUCAGAGCAAUGAACGGUAUAAGAAAGGCAUGAUGAGCCGAGUCGAGGCACCGGAGAUUCAUAUCGAUUUCGAGGAAGAGUCCAGCGUCAUCCACAAUCAAAGCUUUGUCUCGGCCACAAGUGCUUCGCACGACCGGUCGACAAUUGCCAACAGCAUGAUGGAAGAUAAGCGCAACGAGGGUAUGAGCACUGUUCUUCACGAUGAUGAAGAGACCGGAAAGGAGAACGUACGCCUUGAGCGUGCCGAUGGACAUUCCAUGUUGGGUGAAGACGAUCACGACCCCAUGGACGAUACAGGUUUAAGCAACUUCUCAGUCCUGCCGGACAUGACCUCCUUCGCCAAGCUGCGUGCAGAGUCUCCCUUGAAGUCUAUGCGCGGCAGUGUUGGUCCUUGUGCAGGAUCGGCCGAUAUCUACCGUCGCAGCGUUGCUCCGUCUACCCCUGGAACUGCACGCAGAUCCUACAGAGCUAGUGCAUUGUUCGAUACCGGCUCGCAGAUGGGAUCGCCUACUCCCAGGCGCAGGGGCUCUCGGGAUGUUGGCAACCAGGGCGAGUCAUCCAACCUUCUUGAUUUCACCGAUCAGAUGAACUUUUUCCCGCGCCAUUCAAUGCAAAGUACAUGCUACACUCCAAAUCGGCGGUCUCCCAUGCGACCCAUGCGUCAAUCUAUUCGAUCGCCGUCAAAGAUGUCAUCUCUCUUGGACUUUGAUAUCCCGCCGGCCCCGACCCCUCGGUCUCUUCCUUCUAUCACACCGCGAGAGCUUGAGUCCUUGAAGUCGAGCUUCAUGUCUGAGAUUUCCUCUCUGAAGGCUACCCUGAGUGGCAAGGAAGCAGAAGUUGCUAGCUUGAAGCAGGCUGUUUCUGAUGCCGAGCGUCGUGUUGGCGAAGCCUUGGAGGAAGCCCGAAACGAGGCCGCCCGGAAAGACGAGCUUGAGAUGGAACAGGCUGAAUGGGACCGCCGGGGUAAAGAGAUGGAGACCGUUCUGCGAUCGGUCCGGGAUGAACUCGAGGACGGCGAACGUGAACGAGACCGUCUUUCGCGAAAGGUCGAAGAGGCCGAGAAGGCCAAAGAGCAGCUGGAAGGUCGGAUCGUCGGGCUCGAGACCCAGCUUUCUGCAGCACGCUCGGCUUCUGCAUCCGCGUCUCAGUCUAGCUCCAAUGCUGGAUCUCGCCAGGCCUCUCAAUCCGCCGAGGCAACCGCUCGUGAAGUGCAAGAAGCCGUUGAAAAAGUUGCUCGCGAGUUGCACACUCUGUACAAGAGUAAACACGAGACCAAGGUCGCUGCUCUGAAGAAGAGUUACGAGGCUCGUUGGGAGAAGCGCCUGCGCGAGGUGGAAAGAAAACUGAGCGUCGCGACUCAAGACAACGAGCGUCUUAGAGUUGAGCGCGAUGAAGCACAGUCCGAGUCCAUGGCCGCUGCCAAUGCCAGUAUGAUUGCCCGCGAGACCGAUGAACAUGAGGCUGAGAAGCGUGUCUUUGAGGCCCAGAUCAAGGGUCUACAGCAUGAAAUGGCCGCUCUUAAGGAAGAUAGUGAACGUCUCCGCUCGGAGCUCAAGUCUGAGCGUGCUGAGAAGGGUGAACUCGUUGCUGCUGUUGAUGAGUGGCUCGCCAUGCAGCAGGGUCAGCCUGCGCAGCCGCAGGAGCGUGAGCGUGAGCCCUCGGUUUCUUCGGCUGGUGGUAUCCAAGAUGAGGAGUAUCAGUCUGCUGGAGAGCCGGUUGAGUCUUUCAACCGCAGCAUCGGCCGCUCAGGCUCGGCGUCAAGUGGUAUUCGACCUCCUGCCACGACUGAGAAGCGCAUUCCCCGGUUCGGUGCUCCUGGUGGUCACUCACGUGGUAACAGUGGUGGAAAAUCAGGCAUUGCAGUGUUUACACCUGGUCGAGGUGGUAUUAUGAGCUCGAUUGAGCGGAUGGGACGUGGUGGUGCUUAA